AUGCUAUCUUUGGCCCGUCAGGGUAACGUUGACAACAUUCCCGUCUGGCAUGCGAUGUUCUGGCCUGUUGGUCUCGUGACACUGGUCUAUACGGGCGGAGUUACAGCAUUCUACCGGGCCGAUUUUUCGGCAAGCCAGCCACCGCACAUAGCUGCUCGCGCAUCUGCGGAAGUCUCUGUUUCAAAAACCGAUAUCCUCUUUUCUAAUUUCUCCCAGACCGAGUCUUUAUUGUUCGACACAAUGGACCGCAUUCCUGGUAGACCGACGCUGUUCAUUAGAGGAGAGCGCCGGUUCACUGCGAACCAACGCCCAUUCCAAUUACUCGAAGUCUAA